UUUCUACCGGACUAUUUAAGGUGAUACACAGCAUCGGCGUGUGAGAUAAAUUGAUGCUGUUUUCAUAAUGUGACGAAGUUAAUAAAUGUUUCAUUAAAAGGUGGUGGCGCUGUGCCUUAUCUACAUCAGUAACCAAGUGUAGUGGAGCAAACCGACCGAGAGAGAAAAAAAUCAGACCUUGGCUUUUGGUCUCGGUCCCCGUCGUCAUUCCAAAAUCGAGGAGGAUGCGAUGUUGAGCUCCAUAAACAGUAACGCUUUUGUUUAAAAUCAACAUUGUCUACUGCAAGCCAUGUGUGCUUUUAAAAGACUGUUUACUGGUGUCACAUUGUGGACGUGGAGAAGGAGUAGAUGGAUAAGUAGACACGGAAAGGCAGUAUUUUCCUCUUGCAAGCCUAAGGUGUGCGUUGUUGGCAGUGGACCAGCAGGUUUUUACACAGCACAGCACUUGAUCAAGGGCCGUCAUGACGUUGAGGUGGAUAUUUACGAGCGACUCCCAGUCCCUUUUGGCCUCGUUAGGUUCGGGGUCGCCCCGGAUCAUCCUGAAGUGAAGAACGUCAUAAACACAUUCACGCAGACUGCCAAACAUGCACGCUGUAAUUUCUACGGAAACGUGGACGUUGGCAAGGAUGUGAGCGUUCAGGAGCUGCAGCAAGCGUACCAUGCAGUAAUACUCAGUUAUGGAGCAGAAGGAAACAGGAGGAUGGGAAUACCUGGAGAAGACCUGGCUGGUGUUUAUUCUGCCAAAGACUUUGUGGGCUGGUACAAUGGACUGCCAAGCUGCCGAGAGCUGAGCCCCAACCUGAGUUGUGAAACUGCAGUCAUUCUGGGACAGGGCAAUGUGGCUUUGGACGUCGCAAGAAUAUUACUAUCACCUACUGACAUUUUAAAGAACACAGACAUCACUCAGCCUGCCCUUGAAGCUCUGAUGGAGAGCAAAGUCCGCAGGGUGCUUAUUGUAGGCAGGAGAGGACCCCUGCAGAUUGCCUGUACUAUCAAGGAGCUUCGAGAAAUGGUGACACUACCCGGCACCAGACCUGAGAUGAUGCCGGCUGAUUUUGAGGGCGUCCUCGAAGCUCUUCCAGAUUUACCAAGACCAAGAAAACGUCUCACAGAGUUGAUGUUAAAGGCAGCUGUCAAGCUUCCACUGGAAGAAGAACAGGAAAGACGACGCAAAUCCUCGCGCAGUUGGGGUCUUCGCUUCUUCCGGAGCCCCGUUCUAGUCCUUCCCAGUCCUGAUGGCACAAGGACAGCUGGCAUCAGACUUGCAGUCAACAAACUGCAGGGUUCGGGUGAGGCUGCUCGUGCGGUGCUCACUGGCAACGUAGAGGAUGUGACCUGUGGCCUUGUCAUUAGCAGCAUUGGCUACAAGAGUCUUCUCAUUGACCCAUCAGUGCCCUUUGACUCUGGCAAAGCAAUAGUCCCGAACCAAAUGGGCCGCGUUCAGCAAUCUCCAGGUCUGUACUGUAGCGGCUGGCUUAAGACAGGCCCAACUGGCGUGAUCGCCACCACUUUGAAUAAUAGCUUUGACACUGCAAGAUCCUUAAUGGAAGACAUGGAUGCAGGGAAGUUGGAUACGUCUGCUGCAAAAUCCGGGUCGCAAAGUAUUAGAAAGCUACUUGAAACGAGAGGAGUGAAGCCUGUGAUCUUCUCAGAUUGGGAAAAGAUUGACGAUGUGGAGAUGAGAAUGGGUGAAUCAGUGGGAAAACCCAGAGAAAAGCUGCUGACUGUGGAAAAAAUGCUUCAGGUGGCAUGGGAAUGAUCUUCACAGCCAAUUUUACUAAACUGUGAAGGGGCAUUCGUGCCACCAGUGUAGAACAUUGUGUCAGAAAUAAAAAGCCUUGAACACAUCA